GAAACAAUCAUGUCGGAAACCGCGCGCGUUUCAUCAAGUUUCAAGGAACCAGCGACGGACUCGUCGAUUACGCGUGUGUGAUUACGAUGCGCAGACCGAAAGAGGAAAAGUGCAAUUAGCACGAAUACAUUCGCACGUAAUGCAGCAAUUACGUGCGUUGACGACACGCGCAUUCAUUGGAUGUGUGUGUGAAUUCAGUGGCGAAAAGUCGCAAAACGGGCGAAAUUGAACUUGAUCAGCCAUUUGCUAAUUUUCAGACGUUCCAGCCACGCGUUUCCUCAGCGAGUUUAAUUGGAGAAUUUCAAGAAAAAGAGCAUUUAGGCAAUUAAGUCCUUGGCGAGGACAAUUAAUAGAUGCGAUUUUAUUAAAAGUGCAUUUUCUACUUUUGUUUGGAUUUAUGUGUCGAGACAAUUAACGAUUUGACUCAUACGAAAAUAAUCACGUUUGUUAUCGACAAUGACGACGACAAUCAACACUACGGCAGCCGAAAAGGAGAAAGAAGCGCAGAACAAUGCCAAUUACGCGAACAACCUCACCAUGAACGCGUUGAAUACACUGUCAAACAACAACAAUCCAACGGCAGACCCUUCAAAGGAUACCAAACAAUGGCAGGACAAAACUUGGCGCGAGAAAUACGCGUUUAUCAAAGAAAAUAUUACGGUGGAACCCAUGAUUGCCUGUUAUAUCAUGCCGUGUGUCUUCGCUGGACUCGCCGUGCAAAAUUUAAGUAUUGAAAAGGCCUGUCGAGUUAAUCUUGCGUAUUCCGACGAGAUUUGCGAUGCGCUAAGUGCGAGAAACACAGCGAAUUAUACUCGGGAAGAAGCCGAAGUGCAACAACUCGUCGCAUCCAUGACGGUUUGGAAGACUAUCCUACAAAGUGGUUUCCCAGCGUUUUUAAUCCUCUUCGUUGGAUCAUGGUCGGACCGCUGGGGUUUACGGAAACCCUGUAUGCUUCUACCGAUCAUCGGAGAAUUCAUCACAGUGAUUGGCUUGAUGCUUUGUACGUACUUUUUUUAUGAAUUACCAAUGGAAGUCAACGCUGUAAUCGAAGCCAUCUUUCCGGCGUUGACCGGUGGUUGGUUCACAAUGUUCAUGGGAAUAUUUUCGUAUAUUGCCGAUGUGACAACGCUGGAAAUGCGGACAUUACGUAUAGGCGUCGUGAAUGUUUUCUGUUCGCUUGGAAUUCCUGUUGGGUUGGCCCUGAGUGGAAUUCUGUUCAAAAAGAUUGGUUUUUAUGGAGUGUUUUCCAUUUCGGCCGUGAUGUAUGUGAUUGCGUUCCUCUACGGGUACUACAACAUUAAAGAAACGAAGAAAGUGGAUGUGCCAGUGCUGAGUGACAAACCAUUUGCGUUCCUGCGAGACUUUUUUGACAUCAAGCACAUAGGCGACACCUUUCGGGUAGCGUUCAAACAAGGCGAGAACAAUCGCAAGAUCAAGGUUAUGUUAUUGAUGUUGGUUGUUAUGGUUGUCAUUGGACCUAUGCAUGGUGAAAUGGUCGUGUUGUAUCUCUUCACACGUUUCCGAUUUAAUUGGGACGAAUUAGACUACAGCAUCUUUUCCACGUAUAAUAUGAUUACAAGUUUAAUUGGUACAUCUGUGUCUGUGGGACUUUUUAGUCAUUUACUCAAGAUUGAUGAUGCUAUCAUCGGUGUCAUAUCAUGCACGAGUAAAGUGCUCUCAAGUUUUGUUUAUGCUUUCGCCAAAACCUCACUUGUGUUUUAUCUUGGAGCAAUUGUGGAGAUUUUCAACGGCACCUCGUUCAUUGCGAUGCGCUCCAUCGCCUCGAAACUUGUGCCAAGUGAAGAACUAGGUAAAGUCAACUCUUUGUUUGGCGUAUGUGAAGCUUUAAUGCCCUUGGUUUAUGGGCCAAUGUACAGUGCGACGUACGCUGCUACAAUGACAACAUUCCCUGGAGCUUUCCUCCUUCUUGGAGGAACCGCCACUAUUCCCGCUGUUAUCAUUUUUGCUUGGAUGUAUUUCCAAACGAAAAGAGAAGAACGCAAUGCGAUUAAAGAUGGCGCCUCGGCGGAAAACGAAAAGAAUGCAAAUUUAACGACUGAUACGUUUGGAUCUCACCAGAUUUUAGGCAACGAGAAUGCUGCGUUUGAACUGGAAAAGUAUAAGUUCUGAGAAUGCAAAGAAAGCUUUUAUUCAUUUAAACAAUACUAGUGAUAUCUUUACAAUAAAAACAGGAUCAAACUCCAGCAAUAUACACACAUUUGAAAUUGAAACAAACACACGAAAUAAUAUUUUAAUGUGAUAUUAAAAUUUAGUUUAAUUCUUUGUCGGGUUGCAGCUAAAUACUUAUUAUUGUAAAUUAUGUUUUGAUUAGUGUUUAGUAAUUAGAGUUAAAUGACGUAUUAGUUUUACUUUUAAUGAUGUCAGCAAGAGAAGAUGCUUUUAUUGUGUAUACAAAAUGUAUUAUUAUGCGUUACGAGUAUAAAUAUAGAUAUAUAAAAAUA